AUGAUGAAAAUUUUGUAUCGUUUUGAUAUCAAAUGCCAUGAACUUCCAAAUAAUGAGUGCAAUAGUCGCAGAUCUGAUAUUAUUAAUAUAUGAAAAUUUUGUGAUAAAAACCUUACAAAUAAGCCAGAAUUUGUUAUUACUAGAAGGAGUAAGAAAGCUAUUAGCUUAGGAAUUCUUAAACUUUCACAAGAUAAAAUUUGGAUUAGGCCUAAUUAG